AUGCGUGUGGCAAAUAUUUUAUGUAAAUAGUUUUUUACGAACAGCUUUGCACCAAUCGACGUCAAAUUUGUGUCAAAAAAAAAUACAGCAGAUGGCUGCAUUGACUGGUCUGUGGAUCUAAACACCUAUAUGUCGCUGGCAGGGGAACCUGUGCGUGUGAAAUGUGCGCUGUUCUACAGUUAUAUCAGGACUAACUACACCAUGGCUCAGAGUGCUGGACUCCGGCUCAUGUGGUACAAAACCAAAGGAGAUUUGGAAGAACCAAUUUUAUUUUCUGUGGCUAGGAUGAGCAAGGACGAUGACUCUCUAUGGAUUCAUUCAGCGGAGGUGCAGGACAGUGGAUUCUACACGUGCGUUUUAAGAAACUCCACAUACUGCAUGAAAGUAUCAAUGUCUUUGACGGUGGCAGAACACGAGGCGGGACUCUGUUACAACAGCAGAAUACGAUACAUCGAAAAAGCGGAAGUCACCAAAACGAAAAUGAUCUCAUGUCCUGAUAUUGACGACUACAGGACAUUGAAUGAAAGCACAGAAGUCGCAUGGUAUAAGGAAUGCAAGCCAAAGAAGUGGAGGAGCCUGAUUGUGCAGAAAGGAAAUAGCCUUUUGAUACAAGAUGUUCAGAAAGACGAUAUAGGAAAUUAUACUUGUGAAAUUAAGUUUGAAGGCAGACCAAUCAGGCGGACAAUUCAACUAAAGGUAACAGCUUUACUCACAGCGAAGCCUCCUAAACCAUUGUUCCCUGUGGAGAACCAGCCAAGUGUUAUAGAUGUCCAGCUGGGCAGCCCACUCAGUGUAUUUUGUAGAGCCUUCUUUGGAUUCAGUGGCGAAUCAGGUCCAAUGAUCUACUGGAUGAGGGGAGAGAAAUUCAUUGAAGAAUUAGAGAAUCAUAUUAAGGAAGGAGUAAUUAGGUUACUAAGAGAACAUCUUGGGGAGAAGGAGGUAGAACUGGCCUUAACAUUUGAUGCUGUUCAAGAAGCAGACCUGGGUAACUACACCUGUCAUGUGGAAAACAGAAAUGGCCGCAAGCAUGCUAGUGUCCUCCUGAGAAAGAAAGAACUGAAGUAUAACAUGGAACUGGCUGGAGGUCUAGGUGCAAUUCUCAUUGUGUUCAUUUUACUCGUCACAAUCUAUAAAUGCUACAACAUAGAGAUAAUGCUCUUCUACCGGCAGAAUUUCGGCAGUGAUGAAGCUGCAGAAGACAACAAGGAAUAUGAUGCAUACCUUUCAUAUACCAAAGUGGACCCCGAUUCAUUGGAUCAUGAAAGCAAGGAGGAGGAACAGUUUGCACUAGAAAUUCUUCCAGAUAUUCUAGAGAAGCACUAUGGAUACAAGCUAUUCGUUCCGGACAGAGACAUGAUCCCCAGCGGAACUUACAUGGAAGAUCUUGCAAGGUGCGUUGAGCAAAGCAGAAGACUAAUCAUAGUGCUAACCCCAGAUUAUGUCAUCAGAAGGGGGUGGAGUAUUUUUGUGCUGGACAGCAGGCUCCACAAUAUGCUGACCAGUGGGGAAAUCAAAGUCAUAUUAAUAGAAUGCACCAAUUUGAGAGCGAAGGUCAAUUAUCAAGAAGUAGAAUCCUUAAAACACGCCAUCAAACACCAGUCGUUAAUCAAGUGGGGUGGUCCAAAAAGCAGCAAACUAAAUUCAAAGUUUUGGAAACGCCUGGUCUAUGAAAUGCCCGCAAAAAAGAAAGAAGUGCUAUCCAGACAGCACGUCAUGGACAGUGGAGAGCAGAGCCUUUUUGGAGACCUACAAACUGUUCCCUCCAUCGCAGUAACAGGAACAUCUGGCACGUUGCCUCCAUCAGAAGACAUAUCAGGCUACCGUCACGCAGAAGCAAUGCAAAUGAGACAUUUCUGCAGAGCUUAUGAAUAUGAGAAACCAGCCCCAGUUAUGCCAGUAGCAUCCCUAGGCAAUCACCAUACAUAUUGCAAUAUCCCAUUAACCCUUCUUAAUGGACAAUUGAGCCACAAAAGUGCAGCCAAGGACCCACAAGAGUUUCACGGAAAUAGUACGUUGAUACCAAUAUCGUCCAGGGAGCUUAGCAUUACCAGUGAUAUUUGGUAG